GAACUUAGAUAACCGAAAUCCUUCAUUUUAGUAUCUACACACUACAGUGAAGUGCAAAAUGCUUUCAAAAGUAAUAAUUUUCAUCUUUUUAGGAUUUUUCCUAGAAGAAUCUUCAGCAGCAACAGAUAAAGUUAUUUGCUAUUACGCUAGCUGGGGUGCACAAAGACCAGGUAAUGGCAAAUUCGUACCCGAAGAUAUUGACGCAAAUCUAUGCACUCAUAUUAAUUAUGCAUUUGUUGGACUUGAUGAUGACUGUAAAAUAGUUGUCUUAGACGAAGAGAAUGACAUAACCCAAGGUGGCCUGCAACGUGUCAGUGCUUUGAAAGAAAUCAACCCUAACUUGAAAGUUAUGCUAAGUGUUGGAGGGGCCACAGCUAGUCCUUGGGCUUUCGAAUCAGCAGCCAACGAUCCUGCAAAAUUAGACGCUAUGGCCCAAAGUGCUAUCGAAUUCUUUGAAACUUACGGAUACGAUGGACUGGAUGUUGACUGGGAGUACCCUCAAGAUAAAGCAACAUUCAACAAGCUACUUUCAGGUUUAAGAGAAGCUUUGGAACCUAAAGGUUAUCUGCUUACAGCUGCUGUAAACUCAAUUCCUGGCGAAGUAGGAGGUUAUGACAUUCCAGUCAUGACUCAAGUCUUGGACAUCAUCAACGUGAUGACCUACGACUUCCACGCAAUGUGGGGAGGAUUUACAGCAGAAAAUUCUCCUUUGUACGGUGGCGUUAACGAAAGUCAGUGGCAAAGAGACAAUCGUAAUGCGGAUGCUGCUAUCCGAUAUUGGUUAGAUGGAGGUGCAGAUCCACAGAAAGUAGCAAUUGGAGUUGCUUUUUAUGGUCAUUCUUUUAUUCUUGCUGAUCCCUCUAAGCAUGGUUUAAACGAUCAGACUGCUGCUCCCGGAGAUCCAGGACCUUACACUGAUAACCUUGGAAGUUUGGGUUACAAUGAGAUUUGUGAGUUUCAUCCCGAUGGAACUGUUGUUUAUUUGGAUGAUAUGAAGGUACCUUACUUGUAUGAUGGUGAUUUUUGGAUUGGAUUUGAUAAUGAACAAUCUGUUGCAGAAAAAGCGGCAUACGCUAAAGAGAAAAAUCUAGCUGGUGUGUUUAUUUGGUCUAUAGAAACAGAUGACAUGCACGAAUUUUGCGGCAGGAAAAACGGGCUUCUAAAUGCGGUUAAUGACGCUAUGCAUGGUUAACAUUUUAAACUGUAAUUACAGAUAUCAGUUUUUUAAACAAUAAAGCAACUACAACUGUAA